GUCUGCUGUCUGGCGCCUGCCUGCCUCGUGCCCGCUUUCCUCGUCGUGUCGUCGUCUCACUCACUCCUCAAUCCUCCUCCGCCUCCUCCUCCCUCGCCCAACAGCCCAUCCCAUUCCAUCAUCUCCUCGCAUUCGCCCUCUCUCUCUCUCUCUCCCUCCCCUACCCUUCCGACCACGACCGACACGGCUGCUACGCCCCUCGCCAUAUCCCUUCCCUUUCUGCCCCUGGGCUCACGCUCUUUUUUUUGCUGCCCUGCCUUCCCGGCGACGACCAAAACCGACCGAGGGUGGGCUUCAGCUGCCCUCCCGCUAUUGGCCGCCUGUCGCAUCCCGCGCCUCGCCGGGGCUCCCGACCGACGACGACGACGACGACAAAACUACGUGGCGAAGCUUUCGAGCCAUCCAUUUCCCUCAUCUGCAUCGCCGCUCUUCCCCUCGUCGCGACUGCGCUGCCCUUCGCGCAACGCACACACGCCGCCCGACCGCGCUGCAUUUCUACCCCAUCGAUAGCCGCCCAUCGCUCUAGACGCCUGCAGCGAUAAGCGCCAAGCCGCUCCCGUCGCGGCGGUGACGCCACGCACUCCACCAGACCAUCACCACUAUAGAACCAAGGACAGAAUUCGAGCCCGCCGCAACAACCGCAUUGAUUUCGAGCCCUGCCUUGCCCGACGACGGCGCCACCGUCAUGGCUGCCCCGUCGUCCGCCUUCACCGGCAUCAUCAUUGGCCUCGUGUCGUCGUUUGGCUCCAUCAUCCUCAUCGCCCUCGUCGUCUUCAUCUUCUGGGCUUCGGGAUGCGCUGGCUCCGGUCGCAUCCUGCUGGACCGCUUCGGCAGGCCCGGCGAGUAUGACGACGAGCAGGCGUUUGCCCGGGAGGAGGCGGAGGCGCUCGAGACCAUGGAUGACAUGGCUCGAACAGAGUACCUCCGCGCAAAGGCCUUCGUCACUGCCAACCCUCCCGAGUCCGUGCAGACCGACAUCUCGCUGUCACAGUACCUCGCCAUACAGGAAAAGGGCGUCUCGGCUUGGGAGUUUGAGCCUGAGCUAGAGAUUGCCAACUGCUUCGUCGAGGCCCGCACCGAGAUUGAGUUCUUCGACUCAGAAUGCACCGUCAUGUGCAACCUGCCCGUGCCCAAACAAAACGACGUCUACUACUGGGAGGCCAAGGUCUACGAGAAGCCCGAAAACACCUUGCUCGCCAUCGGCAUGGCGACGAAGCCGUAUCCACUGUUUCGGCUACCCGGCUACCACAAGUACUCAGUCGCGUACCACUCUGAUGGCUCUCGCCACUACAACCAGCCCUUCGGCAAGACCCCCUACGGUCCAAAUCUCGUCCAAGGCGACGUCAUUGGCGUCGGCUACCGGCCCAGGACCGGUGCCAUUUUCUUCACCCGCAACGGCAAGCGCCUCGAAGAGGUCGUACACGGGCUCAAGGCCCAAAACUUCUUUCCCGCGGUAGGGGCGAACGGCCCGGCCGUCGUGCACGUCAACCUCGGGCAGUCAGGCUUCGUCUUCAUCGAAGCCAACGUCAAGAAGUGGGGUUUGGCACCUGUCACCGGCAGCCUCGCGCCGCCGCCGCCCUACGGCUCAGAGCAGGGUAGUAUACUGCUCGAGACGGGCACCAAGGACGGCGUCGCUCCGGGCCUCGGCCGCCCGCAUGGACAGUCAAUCAGCGGCUCGCCCUACCACGUUCAACCCGGCGGCAGCCAUCUCAACGCUCAGCACGGCCGCACCCGCAGCGGCAAUUUCAGAGUUCUCCCUCCCACGAGCCCGGGCCCCAUCCGGAGCCCGACGGACAUUUCUCUGGCGCAGCUGGUGCCCAAUGAUGACAACGGCGAGCCGAGCGGCAGUGGCAUUGUGCAUCAGCAGGAGGAGCACCCCGGCAACCCGCUGCACCUGCAUUUAGAGGAUGCGACGAACCCGCCACCGGACUACGCGAGCCCAACGCAUUCGGAGGAGGGCGGUAGUCGGAGGAGUAGCAGCGACGAGGACGCGCCGCUGAUACGCGUGGUGAACCGCAACCGGGGGGACUCGUCGGCGACGGUGGUUCCCGUGCACAGCAUGCCGCCACACCCACACCCUCCGGUCCCGAGCUACAGCGACGCCGUCCGUGACGGAGCUGGCCGUCACCGACAGGAAAGCCCCGACACGAGCUCGACGGACAGCAGCAGCAGCAACGGCGAUUCUGAGUCCAGCUGAUGCAGAACAUGGUUCUCAAACCGCCCACAUCUGAGUGUCGAGCUCUCGUCAUGGCGGUGACGGGUGAAAAAGUCGGGUCGGAGGCAAAGUCUUUACCAAGGAAAACGGACACAGCAGUGUCUUGCGAUGGCGCUUCGGAGUUUUGUAUAGCAUCAGGAUCAGCAGCAGCACUGUUCAUUAGCACGAACGAGCACCUACACGUAUGCCACCUGGACAACAACCUGUAUUUCUUUUUUGCCGCUUGCUUAGAAUACCUGCUGUAUGGAUGAAGGGAGUCGGGCAGGAUGGAGUUGAGAGGUGGGCGAUACCCCAUUAUUGCCUGACGAGAAUGCACUCGCUUUGAUUGCGCGGAGCCAACUGUUUGUUUCGGGAGCGCAACUGCAUGGGGCGGAUGGCCGGCAUUGCAUGCGGCGGCUGAAUAUGUCUGUUGAUGUCAAGUUAUCGAGCCGCGUGAACAAGGGGAGCACGUUGAGCCGUAAAUGAGUGC